CCACUUCCGCCAGCUGCGCCUCCCCCCAGCUCCUCCCGCCCUGCGCGGCAACCACUGAGCUCCUCUGCCAGCGCCGUGGGAAGCGAGCAUCCCGACAGGGGAACCCUGCGGCAGCCAGCCCCGCUCCUGCCGGGCUUCUCGCCGCUUGCACGGUGAAGUUCAUAAGCUUCUAAAAUGUCAUCAGUCAAACACCUAGUAUAUGCCAUCAUCCAUUUCUUGAGAGAACAGAGUCAGCUGGAUACUUUCACUUCAGAUGAACAAGAAAGCUUGGAAGUUGCAAUUCAGUGUUUGGAGACUGUUUUUAAGAUUAGCCUAGAAGAUACACAUCUUGCAGUGCCACAGCAGUUGACAGAAGUGUUCUCAAAUUCUUUUCACAAGAAUGACAUGUUCCCUCUCUCCGAUUCAUUGCCAGAAGAUAUUGAAAAGGCUGACCAGCUGAAGGAUGAAGGUAAUAAUCACAUGAAGGAAGAAAAUUAUGUUGCUGCAGUGGAUUGUUAUACUCAUGCUAUAGAGCUGGAUCCAAAGAAUGCAGUGUAUUAUUGUAACAGGGCUGCUGCUCAAAGCAAGCUCAACAACUACAAUGAAGCAAUAAAAGACUGUGAGAGAGCAAUAGCAAUAGAUCCAAAAUACAGCAAAGCCUAUGGGAGAAUGGGGUUAGCCCUGACCUCUAUGAACAAAUACCAAGAAGCAAUUACCAGUUACCAAAAAGCACUGGUUCUGGAUCCAGAAAAUGACUCUUACAAGUCAAAUAUGAAAAUAGCUGAACAGAAACUAAGAGACCUCUCCAGUCCUACUGGAACAGGACUGAGUUUUGACAUGGCAAGCUUGAUAAACAACCCAGCGUUCAUUAGUAUGGCAGCAAGUUUAAUGCAGAAUCCUCAAGUUCAACAACUAAUGUCGGGGAUGAUGUCCAAUGCCAUUGGUGGCCCUGCUGCAGGUGUUGGUGGCCUAACUGAUCUGUCAAGCCUGAUACAUGCGGGACAGCAAUUUGCACAACAGAUACAGCAGCAGAAUCCAGAGCUCAUAGAACAACUGAGAAAUCAUGUCCGGAGCAGAUCUUUCAGUGGCAGCACUGAAGAGCAUUCCUGAUUUCAAGGAGGCAUGUGGUUGUAGAACUAGAAAUGUGAAUGGUAUAUAAUCCCAAAAUGCACACAAUAGCUAGUAGCAAAUGCAUCAUUGUAACUACUAUGUUUGGACAUGAGACAGAAAAUCCUUUGUGUCUGUUUGUUAAACAGAUCUGUUGCACACAAGUUUGAACAUAUGUGUAUAUAUAGUGAAUUCUUUAUAAAUUAAUAUAUAUAUUAAAUACAUUGACUUAAACUUCCGGUAUAUAAAAAUGAUCAUAUUUAGGCUUUUCAAAUUAAAUGAACACUAUCUAUUAAUGGAUGUUAAAACUUGCCAUCUCUUUUAAAGAAAGACUACUUACUAUGGACCAACGCUGUGCAUUGGAGCGAUCUACAGGGCUGCUGUGGGGGGAAGUGAGUCUAAUGCUUUAAUGGGUGCUGGUAUGCCUGCAUAGAAAUUUAGUUUUAAAAAUGACAUUGUAAAAGGCCAAUUGUUCAGUAGUGAAGGUUUGCAUAGCUCUGCUUCUUACCAGAUCUGCUAUGAAACAAUAGAUCUGACCAACACUCCGCUUCUUGUGAUGAGCCUAUGGGGGUGAUGGAGUGCAAUGUGGAUUUAAAACAUGUGCCGAAGGGUCAGUCCUGUGACUCUGUAGCUCUGAGAGUCCCUAGGGUUUGUUGAGAGGUUUUUGCUAUCAGCAUCAUGCCUUUCAACUUUACCUGAUGGGAAGAAGGUGGGGGUAGAGUCUAGGGAUGAUUAAGAGUUGCGCAUACAGAGGGAUGAUAAAACUGUGGUAGGAGGAAGAUGUGUAGCAAUCAGUGGAGGAGACCGGGCCAAGGGAGAAGGAAAGAGGAAUUUCUACUGCUGUAUGUGUCCCAAAAUCAUCUUAGUACCCCUGGAGGUCUCCAUUAUGGCACUAAAAGCAUAGGGAUGGAAAGUUGUGCUUCAUUCUUGUGUGUAUACAACAUGAGUUUAAGAAUCCUUAACUGUGAUUAGUUAAACUGGUCACACACCUGACAAGUCAUUAGCACUGAAAACUUAGGUAAUUAGAACAAAUCAAUUUGUACCGUAGUGUGGGUAAAUCACUUGCCUAGGAAAAAAACAGUUAAGGAUUUUUGAAGAUUAAUUAUAUAACUUGUAUAUUUUAAAGAAGUGAUUAAUGGUGAAAGGGCCAUGAAAUAGUUCUUCCAGUCUGUGUUCCUCUUCCCAGCUCUUCUAACCUGAAACUUUCAGACCUCCUUGUUUUUCUGUUUUUGUUUUUUUUUAAUAUUUUGUAACCUGUUUCCUUUCCGUUUGCUGUUCAUGCCAUCUACUGCUGCUGGAUACACUUAAGCUUAGUCUAUUCCAGUGUUUUUCAAUGACUGGUCCAUAGACCUGCACCGGUCCCUGAGAUCUCCCUGCCACAGUUUAGGAAGGCAGUAAGCUGAUCCCUAGUAUCAAAGAGGUUGUGAAGCACUGGCCUAUACUAUUUCCUUUUGUCAGUAUAACUACUGUGUCACUCAGGGCUGUGGAAGAUCCAUACUCCUGAGCAAUGCACUUAUACUGACCUAACCUCUGGGGUAGACAGCAGUAGAUUGACAUAGCUAUCGCUUCUCAGGAAGGUGGAGUGCCUGUGCUGACUGCGGAAUCUCUCUCGCAUAUGUAGUGUCUUUGCUAAGAACUAGUGAGAAAACAUUGCGUGGAAUGUAAGCGAGAGCAGAAUUUAGAACUAAGGCAGAAGCUCCUUUCUGAGUUUGGUGAUGGGAGGGUAAAAAUUCCCAAUUUUGUCAGGCUGUAUAUAUUGCACAGGGGGAAAUUUGCAGACAUGAAAAUCAGACUAACAUCCAUUGCUUAAGACACUUUAUAUUUUAUUCAUUAAAUAACUCUUACAUGGCAUUAGAUUAUUAGCUUUAGUUUUUCUAAAAAGAAUGCUAUUUAUAAUUGCACUGCGUGCUCAUUAAUAUAUUCUGGGGUGCAUUGGAGAUAUUAGGCAAACAUCUCUAAGCUCUAAAUUGAAUCAGUGCUUUUCUGAUUUAUUGGCUGACCACAUGGAAAGAAGUGUUUACACUGGCUAUGUGUCUGCCUUGGGGGGAACUAACUUAUGUAUGUACUUUAGAUUUUUUCAGUUGUAGUUCAGGUAACUAAUAUCUGCCUUUAGGCAGAUUGUUUUUACUAAAAAAGAAAUUAUUGCUUUUUAUAAAAAAAAAACAGAGAAUUGAUUAAGCCCCAAACAAUAUAGUUACAUUAGGAAUCUACAGAUGCAGAAAUCAUUUGGCAGAUUUUUUUCCAUAAUGCACUCUUUGAACAGACUAUUUACACAGUGUAUUCUCCACUAUACUUCACCCUUCCAGAUUUUCAGCAACUCCAAGGUCAAUUCCAGUUUUUUUGCACUAAAUUUAAUAAAGGAAAACAAAACAAAACAAAAGUGGGGCUUUACAGAAGCUAAGGAUGUGAUGCAGCAUAUUUACCCUUGUGUUCUGACAAUCUUCAUUUAAUAUUUUAGUUUUCUUACGCUCUCCUACUAAAAAGUCGUUUCUAGUAGAGUGUCUUUAAUGAUGGUUAAGUAUAAUAAUCCUAAACUAUACUCUUCUGUAUAACAAUGAUAUAAACAACGGUUGGCUGUAGGGGUUCAAAACAGCCACUCUUUCUGCUUCUAGUUAUAUGUACAUGCAGCUACUGAGUAUUUUGCAGAUGUCUGUGUUCUGGUAGAGCCAGCCCUGUCAAACUGCUCUGUAGUUAUCACUAAUGCUAUGAACUGUACUCUUGGAACCAUGCUUAUUAGAAGUCGUAACUUCCAUUUCACAUACCACACUGUUAAGAACGUGAGUCUUAUUCCAGCAUCUGUAACAAGAAUGCUUGUUUUUAGAUUUUUGAUGGUAUUACCUGAUGCAGAAACAUGCCACAAUUGACAAUAGAAAACUUGCAACCGUCUAUUAUAUUUUGCAUAUGGAGCAGAUGGGACUUUAUAGCUCAAAAAAAAUAGAAAUUCCUUAAUGGACAGUAGCUGUCAUUAACUACUCUUUCCAUUUAAGUCCAGGAAGAGUUUUCAUUCAUGCUAAAAUGUAUUUUGCCACUCUGCAGGCUACAUGUUCACAAUGUCAUGACUUGUUUUAAUCAGUGAUUGAAGAGAGAGCUUGGGUACUUUGAAUGUUGAAAAAACUUCAUACUGAUAAGUGGUAAACCAUCACCUAAACAAAUAUUGCUUUCCUUUUACACCAAAUGCAGUUUAUCAGUGACCUAAAUAAAUAAUUAUGCAUUUAAAAUUUGUUUGGUUUGUUUGGUGCAGCAACAAAUUCAUGUGGUAAGCAGUGGAAAAAGGGAAAAUAUCUUGCAAAAUAAUUUAGAGUUUACUUUAUUCACACACUUAAAAUAUGAAUUUAAAACA